AUAAGCUGCAACAUUACACAGCUAAGGCGUUAUAGGAGCCACGAGACGACAUAUUAGCUCUUCGCUACAGAUAAGGGGAAGACAUUAUGGCGCAGAAAAAAGGCGGAGGUCGUAGGGAAAUGAGAUUAUCGAAAUGUAAUGGCGUCGAUCGGGAUUCGACGAACAAGGCAAGGUGUACAAAGCAUGUCAAGAGACCAUCAGUGUGUGACAGGAGGCGAAGUAACAGCAACAGAGACUUCCAUGACCACCUCCGUGGUACUAGGAACUCCAAUGGUGGCAGAGGCGGCAGAUUUUUGCCAGGCAGGCUCAAAGACUCCCGUGGUGGCAGAGUGCAGAAGGCUACUGUAGAUGGCUCGGCAGAUACUACAAGGAUGAAGAGUUCAACGUUUGUCAAGAGAUUAUCGCAAAGUUCUGGAGGCAGAGGGAACAGAAGAGGCUCCCGAGUUUUCAGAGCUCAUGGUGCCAGAACUGUUUAUACUGUUUUGGAACUCGAUGCUGAGCUUGCUGCUUUUGUAGAUCAGGAAUGUAAUGGUGUUACUCUCGCUGGUGAUUCAGAAGACAUGGAAUGUACGGAGCUUCCCCAGAGAUCUUCACCUCCACGAAAACCUAUUUCAGGUGAUUUGGGUAUCAGGGGCAAUGGCGGGUCCAGAGGCUCCCGUGGUAGCAGUACCAGAGGAAGAGGUUUGCAUGACAGCCUCAACACCCCUGAAGGCUCCUCUGGUGGCAGGUCCAGAGACUCCCGUCGCAGUAGCAGAGGAAGAAAUUUACAAAACCUCAAAGACGCUAGAGGCUCCAACGGGGACGUCAGGAGCAGCAGAGGUCCACCAAGGCUGGUAGCUGCUCCCAAUAUCGCAGUGAAAAGCGCAACAAUUGUUCUCGAGAAAUUAUCAGUAAUUCCCGGAGGAGAAAAUUCGGAGCUCAAGAAAUCGUCACAAGGUUCUAGUGUAAGGGGCAGAGGGGCCAGAAAAGGCUCUAAAUGUGGCAGAAUUUUUAGGGCACAUGAACCUGGAGGGGCGACCUACACUGUUAAAGAACUGAAUUCAGAACUUGCUGCUUUUGUUAGCUUGUUUUCUAACUAAAUUAGUGGCUUAAACUUGGUAUUAUUCUACACAUAUAAUACCAGAACUGUAAAUGAUGGUUUUUGUACAGUUUUUGUCUACAUGUCUGUUCAAACCCGUCCAGAAAAUGUCAUUGUGGAAUAGGUUUCGCUUUUAAUUAUUAAAAAUAAGAAUUUAUAGUUUUGUAAGCCGAAAAAAGUUUGAUGCAACACACACAAGAGCAAAGUGCUCCAAUAAUAUUUAAAUUAAAGAAUUAAAGCAA